UCUGCAACUAUUAGUGUUUUAUUUUCUUAUAAUCUCUUGUAAACAAGUGUUGCUCUAGUAAUUAUGUCUUUGCCAACCAGGCGUACUAUCAAAAGACGUAAAAAAGAUAAAAAAACCAGCGAAUUUAUAAAAAUUCCUAGAAGUAUAUUCGAGAAAACUUUGGAAGUGAUAAAUGAUUCACAGCAUAUAAUCUGGUCGGACCGGAACAGCGCCUGCUCUAAGCCCAUUCAUCGCAGCUUCGACAAUGAUUUGAAGGGUAUGCGUUCUGAUGAUCUUAGCUCAAAAAUUUCUCUGGCCCGGACAUGCUUACUGCGCCGAGAUGUUAGAAACUUAGGGAAAACACUUUCUGUUAUAAAUCUUUCUGGGAGCCGCGUAGAUUGUAGAUGGUAUCCACUUUGUGUAAAGUACGGAGUACUCUGUUUGGCGCACAACAACCCUGAUUUAUUUAAAUUGUAUCUGCAGUCAUUGGCAUCGUCGUGCAAUAUUGAAGAAGCUUUGGAAAAAUGUACGCAAUAUCCGCAUAAUGUGGUGUAAAAUAUGGAGGUUAAAAAUAAAACGAAUAUUGCAAUUCAAGUUUGCUUUUUAUUUUUUUUUACAUACUAGUAUUAAAUAUCUGUCUGAGUUCAAAGUGAAUAUUUUGAAUUGUAGACUAAAAUCUGAGUUUUAGCCUAUGUAUUUCUUAUGUCUAAGAGUAGAACUAUAAAGGUGUAAUCUUAAUUCUAAAAGAACAAAGCAUUUAAAAUCCCACGGCAUAUUGUAUUUGCAUUUCAAUAGCUCAAUUUGUAUUGAAUUACUGUGCAGAGUACAGAAUAUUAGAGCAACAAAUUUAAAACAUUUAAUGCGCCGCCUUAUGAAAUUCAUUAUUGGAUUUUUUUGGGAUUUUACUUGAUACAUGCAUUUAAUAAAAUCGAGAAUUUCAACUUGAUUAAUUACUUGAAUACAUAUAUUUGUAUGAUUUCAAUGGUUUAAACUAAACUAUUGGCAUCGUGUAUAUUUAAAGGCACAAAUUCUCACAUCGCAGCUCUCACCUGCCUUUAUGCCAAUAAAUAUACUUUAAAAGAUACAAUUUUGAAAUACUAUUAUUUCAUAACCUUCCAGGAUCCGAAUACGCACAUCUAACGGUCUACAUAGAAUCCCAAUAUUAAUUAUCCAUUUUUCAUAACAUGUAUCAUAGAACGCAAUGGAGUACAUAGUAAAUAUUUGUAUAUUAUUCCCAGUAACACGUAGUCCUUCUAAUAAUUCCGUUCGCAGCUACGUAUGUACUUUUUAUAGUUGUGUUCGAAAACACAAAAAUUUCCUUUUUUUUCAAAGCUGGCUUUUGAUAACGGCAAAAAAGUAUCCAUCACUUAAAAAUUGAGAGAGCAAACAUUUAUUUUGGUGCAAGAGAAACGUUCAUUUUGUG